GCAGGAUCGAACUACGGACCUUCAGUUUACAAGACUGACGCUCUACCACUGAGCUAUAGGGGCUUCUCUUUCGUUCUUAAGAUACUCGCUUUUGAAAUGGCGGAACCAAUUCAAAUGGACACCAAGCGAAAAGGGGUGGACAAAGUUGAGGAGCGAAAGCGGAUCACUUGCGCAAUGGACGACAACGACACUCCAACUUUCGAACCUGAUUUGAUUAGAGCCAUUUUCAAGCACAUUUGGACCAGAAAAGCCCAAGAGCGUGAAAGAAACGAAAUUCAAAACCCCGAUGCCUUGGACUCCGAGGUUGGAGCUGGAACAUCGAAGAAGAAUCGACCCACUUCCGCUAAUGCAAAUGCUCUAAAGCUGAGUUGUGAACUUCUUCGAAUUUUUAUUACAGAGGCUGUGCAGCGAGCUGCUACAAUUGCUGAAGCUGAGGGUGGUAGUAAGAUUGAAGCUACUCAUUUGGAAAGGAUUCUUCCUCAAUUACUUCUCGAUUUUUAAGGGUUGUGGUAUCGGGUGAUGUCUAAUACAAUUUGGCGUAAUGUUUCUCAGGAAAUUAAAUGUAUAUGAGAAAGAUGUCUAACAGUCAUGUAGUGCAACAUUAUGUUUUUUGCAAAUCCUAUUUUAUGACAGUCAUCCCUCUUGAUGUGGACUGAAUCAGUUGUAGUUGGUAAGGAUAAACAUGUCAGCUCGUAGUACUUCAAGUUGUUCCACGCAGUUAUCUAGAUUGGACAUGUUUAAUCUGAAGAGAAACAUACAGACUUGUUACAUCUUUGUUUCCUCUUGUUCGCUAAUUGACCAAGAGCAGAAAAAUUGGUUGCCUCUGACAUAGUGUUUUAUAGGCUUCUCAUUCAUCUGGACCAAAUUUGUAUUUACCAUUUUGCUUAUAAUGUGGAAUGAAAUCAUAAUGCCUGAUUUUACAUUUUCAUCUAUCACCUUUCAAUGUUCCAUUAAUUAUUUAAUCAAAGAUGAAGCAUAGACUUGGAAUUAUUUGACUGUACUUGCUAGACACUAGAAUAUUGUCAUGCUGGCAGCUUUGAUUGCAGAAGUUAAAAUUUUCAACUUUACUGCUUAUUGAACUUCUUUUGUAUCUUAAAAUUUAACAAUGGAUCAGCUUGCUCAUUCAUCUGUUUUAACUUUUGUGGAACCGAGAGACAUUUAGGCCGCUGAGAUUAAUCUCUACAUCAGCUUGCUGGUAGUAUUAUCGGAUUGUUUAUCAAUUGUGUUAGGUAGGCAGUAGUCUUUGUUGCCCUAGUAAUACUGAAGUAUCAACUAUAUCUUCAAGGUUUCUCUGGCACCACUUACUACAGUUUUUAUGGCUUAACGCGACAUGGUGUGAUUUUAAUUGAUUCGUGUUCUCAUGGUCGGAAUUUUGGUUAUAGCUAUGUAAGCCUAAGAUAUUGUUUUGAAAUAUUGAUGAUAAUGUAGAAAGCUGCCCUUCUGUUGUUGACAUGUUCUCAACCUCAUCACACAUUUUUCUUCUCAUUCGUGAAAAACGUUUAAAGAUGCUCCAGGCUUUUAAAAGUAAGCGAAAGCUGUUCUGAAAGGAGAAAGUAAUGUAAAAUGGAUUCCUUGUCAAAAAGAGAGUUCUUUGGCUAUAUGCAUGAUUGAAAUCAUGGCACUUUUAUUUCCACAAAACGUGUGUAAAGGUUUUUCUUAGAGAAAAAUAUUGAGAUUUCCCCACAUCCAUGUAAUCUAGAAAAAAAAGCUCAAUAUUUUUUUCCUUGUCCUUCAUUUAACCUAAACCUGAUAUCAUAAUUCGUAUAUUUUUAUGUAUUCAUUUUGUGUUAUAUAUGUGUAAAAUAUCAAAUGUAUUUUUUUUGUUUUUAUUAAAUUUAUAUACUAUUUUUAAAAAAAUCUUAUCAUUUAACCUAUUGUAUAUCUCUUUUCUGCUGCUUUGUCAAGUUUGAUUGAUUGUUUGCACCGCACCCGGUUUCUUUUGAUCCCACCAAAAUUCCAUGGUAAUUAAAUUUGGUUCGUAUUGCUGUGAUUCGGUCAUCAUAUUCCGUCGGAAUAGCAUGUUAGAUGAUGGUAGGUGGGGUUAGUGGUCCUGCCCCUAUCCCAUUGCCAAACGACCAAUAAAACGAAUUCUUGAAGACAAAAGGUGACUCAGGUGCGGAACCAUCUGAUUCAGUCUGUCUGAAUCUUCUCUUCCAGAUACAAAUAUGUGAAUCUAAUCCUGGUGAUACUAAAUACUCAAUAUGACCAAAGAUGGUGCAGGAUUUUUCAUGCUCAAAUUUCUAAUUCCGCUGGGUAAAGUAAAUCCAAAGCCAGAUUAUAUUUCUUACAAUCAUUACAACGACUGGUUACACACGAGGAUCAUAUGCGGCAAAACAAGAAAAAAAAAA